UAUACAUACACCCACCCACUAUAUCUAUAAUUUACACCACUUCAGUCUUCAACACCAUAUCUCUAUAUAUAUAGCAUUAUAAUCACACCCAUUUUAGGGAAAUAAGUGAUUAGAGUGAGACAGUGAGAGAGGGAUCAUGGCUACAGAUAAGGUGGUGGAGUCAGUGAUGGUUGGGAGUUAUGAGGAGAUGGAGACUGAAGGGAAGCAAAAGAGUGUCAAAUCAAAGCUUUCUAGUUUUUUCUGGCAUGGUGGUUCUGUUUAUGAUGCCUGGUUCAGCUGUGCUUCAAAUCAGGUGGCUCAAGUGCUGCUAACACUGCCAUACUCAUUUUCUCAACUGGGAAUGCUAUCUGGAAUACUGUUCCAGCUCUUCUAUGGCUUGUUGGGUAGUUGGACUGCUUAUCUCAUCAGCGUACUCUAUGUUGAAUACAGAACCAGAAAAGAAAGAGAGAAAGUUGAUUUCAGAAACCAUGUCAUUCAGUGGUUUGAAGUGCUUGAUGGACUACUUGGGAAGCAUUGGAGGAAUGUGGGGUUGGGAUUUAAUUGCACAUUUCUUCUGUUUGGAUCUGUCAUUCAACUAAUAGCUUGUGCAAGUAACAUAUAUUACAUUAAUGAUAAUCUGGACAAGAGGACUUGGACUUACAUCUUCGGGGCUUGUUGUGCAACCACAGUGUUUAUUCCUUCAUUUCACAAUUACAGAAUCUGGUCCUUCAUUGGCCUUGUUAUGACUACAUACACUGCUUGGUACCUAUCCAUUGCAGCUGUUCUCCAUGGCCAGGUGGAAGGAGUGAAACAUUCUGGACCCACAAAAUUGGUAUUGUAUUUUACAGGUGCCACAAACAUUCUAUACACAUUCGGAGGACAUGCCGUUACUGUGGAGAUAAUGCACGCGAUGUGGAAGCCACAGAAGUUCAAGGCCAUAUAUUUGCUGGCUACCCUGUACGUACUGACACUGACACUGCCCUCUGCCUCAGCAAUGUACUGGGCAUUUGGAGACAUGCUUCUUGACCACUCCAAUGCCUUUGCUCUUCUCCCAAGAACACGCUUCAGGGACAUGGCUGUCAUUCUGAUGCUCAUCCACCAGUUUAUAACAUUUGGGUUUGCAUGCACACCCUUGUACUUUGUGUGGGAGAAGGCAAUAGGAAUGCAUGAGUGCAAGAGCUUGUGCAAAAGAGCUGCUGCCAGAUUGCCUGUGGUUGUUCCAAUUUGGUUCUUGGCUAUCAUCUUCCCAUUCUUUGGACCCAUCAACUCGGCCGUUGGAUCACUCCUUGUUAGCUUCACUGUAUACAUCAUCCCUGCCCUGGCCCACAUGUUCACCUUCAAAUCAGCGGCUGCUAGAGAGAAUGCAGUGGAGCAGCCUCCAAGGUUUGUGGGGAGAUGGGUGGGGUCGUACACGAUCAAUAUAUUUGUGGUGGUGUGGGUCCUACUUGUUGGGUUUGGAUUUGGUGGAUGGGCCAGCAUGACUAACUUCAUACGCCAGAUUGACACAUUCGGGCUUUUCACAAAAUGUUACCAAUGCCCUCCCCAAUCAAUGGUACCACCACCACCACAAUUUCACUCUCCGGUCAACGCCACCGUGGCGGCUCCUCCACUCCACCACCUGCCACAGAACCACACUCACAGAGCUUGAUACUACCCAAAUUGGGAAGCCUUUGAGUUAUUACUGCAGCAGCUAGUACUUCACCAAAAAAAUAUGAAAAGAGAGAUCGAGAUGGCUAGAAAUGAACUUCCAAGAUGAAAAUUCCAUCCCUACAUGUGAUGCAUUUCCUCCACAAUUAAUUUUUAGUUUUCUUUCUCUACUUUUUAAAGGUUCAUUAGGGCUUUUUGUUUUUAUCAAAAAGAAAAAGAGAGAGGGAGAUGUAUGACAGAACCGAGAAUUUGUACCUUCAUAUAUUAUCAUGAGUAGUAAUAUCUAUCGUUUUUGUGUUGA